CACACUGGCCCAGGAUCUGGGUGUUUUUCACAGUAACAGAGAACCUCAAAGUGGCCGCUGCCAUACCAGUCCUCCCGCUGGCUCCGGGCACCUGCCCCCAGGGGAGGGCACCUGUGCUGAAGCUGGGGCAGGCCGGACCCCCACACCCAGGCCCCACGGAGGCAGUGGCCCGAGGGAAGAAUCACGGGAGCUGGGGACAUGGGGCUGGCCUGGCCCCCGCCUGGGCGGGAACACAAGCUCCCUGGGCAGUGAGGACCCCGACACCAGAGCCCACCCGCACAGGGCACCUGCUUGUCCAGAGCUGGCCGGCAGAUGGCGCUGACUCCAGGACUGCUCCCCAUGGCCCUGCUGGCUCUGUGUUGGGGCCCCAGCAUGGCAAGGGCAGCAGAGACCGUCCCGCUGCAGACCCUGCGCUGCUACAAUGACUACACCAGCCACGUGGUCUGUAGCUGGGCAGACACCGAGGAGGCGGGCCGGCUGAUCAACGUGACCCUCCACCGCCGCGUGGCCCCGGCCCCUCGGCAGCCGGUGUCCUGCCAGCUCACUGAUGACAUGCCCUGGUCACAGUGCCCCUCUGCCCGCUGCGUGCCCAGGAGAUGUGUCAUCCCCUACCAGAACUUCGUCCUCGCCGACAACGACACCUUCUCAUUCCAACCAGACAGGCCUCUGGGCGCCCAGCUCACGGUCACUCUGGCCCAGCAUGUGCAGCCACCCCCACCCGUGGACCUGCAGAUCAGCAGCAGGGGGGACCACUUCCUGCUGAGCUGGAGCGUGGCCCUUGGCGAGUCCCAGAGGCCCUGGCUGUCCCGGGAGGACCUGGAGUUCGAGGUGGUCUUCAGGCGGCUCCACGACUCCUGGGAGGAAGCCGCCUCCCUCCUGUCCAACUCCUCCCAGGCCAUCCUGGGCCCAGAGCACCUCACUCCCAACAGCCCCUACGUGGCUCGGGUGCGGACCCGGCUGGCCCCAGGGGUGGCUUUCUCAGGGCGGCCCAGCGAGUGGAGCUCGGAGAUCCAGUGGGACUCACAGCCAGGGGACGAGGCCCAGCCCCAGCACCUGCAGUGCUUCUUCAAUGGGGCCCACGCACUCAGCUGCUCCUGGGAGGUGAAGUCCCAGGUGACCAGCUCCGUGUCCUUCGGCCUCUUCUACAAGUCUGGCCCGGAUGCGAGGGAGGAAGAAUGUUUCCCGGUGCUGAAGGAGGAGCUACGUGGCCACUACACCCGGCACCGCUGCCGUGUCCCCGUGCCCGACCCCCGCACCCACAGCCAGUACACCCUCUCUGUUCGGCCGAGGAAGGAAGAGAAAUUUAUAAAGAGCUCAGACAACAUCCAGAUGGCCCGCCCCAGCCUCAACGUCACCAAAGACGGAGACAGCUACAGCCUGCGCUGGGAGGCGGGGAAGAUGUACUACCGACACAUCGACCACACCUUCCAGGUCCAGUACAGGGAGGACACGGCUGCCUGGGAGGACGGCAGGUCAGAAACCCUGGACAAUGCCCACAGCAUGGCCCUGCCAGCUCUGGAGCCCUCCACCAAGUACUGGGCCAGGGUGCGGGUCCAGCCCAAGCCAGGCGUCUACAAUGGGAUCUGGAGCGAGUGGAGUGAGGAGCGCUCCUGGACCACAGAGUGGGUGCUGCCUGUGUGGGUGCUGGCGCUCAGUCUGGUCUUCCUCACCUUGGCCUUGAUCCUGGGUCUGCGCUUCUGUGGCACCUAUGGGUACAGGCUGAACCAGAAGUGGCAGGAGAAAAUCCCUAGCCCCGGCAAGAGCCACCUGUUCCAGGAUGGCGGCGCGGGGUUGCGGCUCCCUGACAGCACGUGGGCUUUCCCCAGCAAGGGUGCCCUGCACCAGGGAUCCGGGGGCAGCCGUGGCCCUGAGCCAGAGGGGGACAGCGAAGUGUCCCCGCUGAGCAUAGAGGACCCCACAGAGGUCCCAGAGGCACCGCCAGGGCCUGCAGCGAUGCCCGCCGACCCGAGUCUGCCCGCGACGCCGCCCUCCGGGCCCCCGCUGGGCUCCUCGGCCACCGUAGGCAGCCUGGAUAGCCAGGCUUCCAGCUUCGACUUCAACGGCCCCUACCUGGGGUCCCCCCAAAGCCGCUCCCUGCCUGACGUCCCGGGCCAGCUGGCGAAGCCACAGACAGAUGCGGGGCAGAAGGCGUCACUGCCCAGCUCCCUGGAAUACCUGUGUCUGCCUCCGGGCGGGCAGGUGCAGCUGGUCCCGCUGGCCCAGGUGACGGGGCAGGCCCAGGCCAAGGCCGUGCAGCAGAGGCCCAGCCAGGGGGCCCCAGGGAGCCCCUCCCUGGAGCAUGGUGGAGGUCCUGUCCCCCCAACACGGGGCCGGGGGGAAGGUGGCCAGGACCCCAAGGACAACCCAGGGGCUCUGCAUAUGGGCUCUGGUUACAUCAUCACCACCGACCUGGCGCUCACCCUGCCCACAGCAGCCCCGGUGCUCUUGCUGCCUCCUCCCUCAGACCAGUACCCCAGCCUCUGCCCUGGGCUGGCCAAAGAGCCCCCUGGAGCCUCAGCCCCUGGGAAGCCAGAGUUUGAGGGCUAUGUGGAGCUCCCUCCCACCACAGGCCUGCACCCCAAGUCCCCUGCAGCCAGCAGCCCUGUCCUGAGCCCCACGGAGCCCUGGGGGGAUGUGGCCCCAGCAUCCCCCCACCCCAAGGGGCUCCUUGUCCUCCAGCAGGUGGGUGACUACUGCUUCCUCCCUGGCCUGGGAUCCGGGCCUCCCUCACUGCGGAGUAAACCCUCUUCCCCGGGACCCUGUCCUGAGACUGGGGACCCCGAGCAGGUGUUGAGGGACAAGAAGCCCCUGUGCCCGCCUGUGCCACAGGUGCCGGUCAUUCAGCUCUUCAAGGCCCUGAAGCAGCAAGACUACAUGUCACUGCCCCCCUGGGAGGUGGACAGGCCCGGGCAGGUGUGCUGACCCACCCGAUCCCCCCCACAAUAUCCCUUUGCCCCCAGCCCUGGUCCUGCCCAGGCAUUUGUCUUCCAAGGUAAUUUAUUUUUAGGCUCUGAGUUAUUCCAGUUCGCCGCAGGUCCUCGGCCCGCCUCCUUCGCCUUAUUUUGGUUACCAGCUUUCCUUGCCAGAGUCCUCCCUUUUUCCCCUCCCCGACAAUUUUGCAUUAGAGUGAGGUUGGGGCUGGAACUGAGCUGGGGCUGGGAAGGAGGCAGUUUCGAGACUUGGGUGAGCAGCCAGUCCCCGGGAGACAACCAAGAGCAGAGAACGGUCUGGAACCCACGCCGGCUGCACACGACUCGGGGAGACCUGCUGGACCAAGCAGCACAGGGCUGGGAUCGGAGGACCCACAUGCACGUGUGCAUUAAGACUUGGAGCCUGGUGGGCCGGGCCGUGCACCUGUCCAGAAAGAACAUCCAGGUCCUGGGGCUGUGGGUCUACAUGGGACCCGUUGUGGGCAUUAUUAUGUUUCUUUCAAAUCUCCGCCUUUCUGG